AUGGUAUCAUCUCCCAACAACACAGGGAUUCAGGUGACAGAGUUUCUAAUGAUCUGCUUUCCAGGAAUGCAGGACACACAGCACUGGCUAUCCAUCAUCUUGGCUCCACUCCUGGUUUUGGCUCUUGCAGCCAACUUUGUGCUGUUACUCACCAUCCAUCAGGAGGCAUCUCUGCAUGAGCCCAUGUACUAUCUGCUUGCCAUCCUCUCUGUGCUUGACAUCAUCCUCUGCCUCACAGUCAUCCCCAAGGUCCUGCUAAUCUUCUGGUUCAACAUGAACUCCAUCAGCUUUGAGGGCUGCUUCCUGCAGAUGUUCAUCAUGAAUACCUUCCUUCCGAUGGAAUCCUCUACCUUUCUGGUCAUGGCUUAUGAUCGCUAUGUGGCUAUCUGCCACCCCCUGCGCUACCCAUCCAUCAUCACAGAACAGUUUGUCAUUAAUGCAGCCAUUUUUAUUGUUGCCCGCAAUCUUUUAGCUACACUGCCCACUCCAGUUCUGGCUGCUAGACUCAAUUACUGUGCCAGCAAUGUAGUGGAGAACUGUAUAUGUGCCAAUAUUUCUGUAGCAAAGCUCUCCUGUGGGGACAUUCGCCUAAAUAAACUAUAUCAAUUUGUGAGCGUUUGGUGCCUACUAGGUUCUGACUUGGUGCUCAUCUUGCUGUCUUACUGCUUCAUCUUGAGAGUUGUUAUGUGUCAGCAGUCUGGAGGCACAGUCACCAAGGCCCUAAGUACUUGUGGUUCGCAUCUCAUCCUUAUACUCUUCUUCUAUACUCUGUUGCUAGUCUUUAUCUUCACAAAUAAGGCAGGAAAGAAGAUACCAUCAGAGGUACCAAUUCUUCUCAAUGUGCUGCAUCAUCUCAUCCCUCCUGCCCUCAAUCCCAUUGUGUAUGGAGUACGAACCCAGGAAAUCAAGCAGGGGAUUAUCAAGCUAUUCAAACAGUAG